UACACAGAAACACACACACAGGGAAUCGGGUGGAUCAGCGUCUCUUCACUUCCUUCACUUCCUCUCCGGAUCCUCUCGUUUCCGUGUCGUCACCGCCUGAGGAUCGUGCGUGAGGACGUCUGGUUCAGAACCCACAGAACUGAGAUGAGCUGAGGACCUGCUGCAACUCAACGUCAGGUGACGAGCGCCGAGCGGCAGGAAGUGGCAGACAUGGAGGAGGACAGCCGGCCGCUGCUGAGCUCGGGUCAGACCGGAGAGAGCUACUCACACAGAGGCUCCUCCCCCUCGCUGGACGUCAAGGCCAAACGGCCGUUCCACGUGGAGCCGAGGAACAUCGUGGCCGAGGAUCCUCAGGAGCGAGUCUCUGCUGAAGCUGCCAUCCUCAACAGCAGAGUUCAUUACUACGGGCGCCUGACGGGCUCGUCUGAUAGGCUGCUGAGUCCUCCGAACCACGUGGUCCCCCGGGCGGAGGAGAUCUACGUCUACAGUCCCCUGGGGACGGCCUUCAAGGUGACGUCCAGCGACUACUCCUCUAAGAACCCCAGCAUCAUCACCAUCUUUGCGAUAUGGAACACGAUGAUGGGAACGUCGAUCCUCAGCAUUCCCUGGGGCAUCAAACAGGCCGGCUUCACGCUCGGGAUCCUCAUCCUGGUCUCUCUGGGUCUGCUGAUGCUCUACUGCUGCUACAUCGUCCUCAAGUCGCCAAAGUCCAUACCCUACAUAGACACGUCGGACUGGGAGUUCCCUGACGUCUGUCAUUACUACUUUGGAAAGUUCGGACAAUGGUCCAGCUUGUUCUUCUCCAUGGUGUCCCUCAUCGGAGCCAUGGUGGUCUACUGGGUCCUCAUGUCCAACUUCCUGUUCAACACGGGACAGUUUAUCUACAAUUCCGCUCACGGGAUCAACACCACAGAUUCAGAGUUUGGAACCAACGGCUCGGAGAGAGUGAUCUGCCCGUACCCGAGCACCGACCCGGGGGGGAACGCCUCCCUCAGCUCGCCACACCUCGGUGGAGAUGACACGUUGGACGUCUUCGGACGCUGGUGGAGCAAAACCAACACGGUGCCGCUCUACCUCAUCGUCCUGCUGCUGCCGCUGCUCUGCUUCCGCUCCGCCUCCUUCUUCGCCAGGUUCACCUUCCUGGGCACCAUCUCAGUGGUCUACCUCAUCGUGCUGGUCACCAUCAAGACCUCCCGCCUCGGGUUCCACCUCAACUUCCACUGGUUCCACGCCAGCGACCUCUACGUCCCAGAGUUCAGAUUGUUGUUUCCUCAGCUCACUGGCGUCCUCACUUUGGCCUUUUUCAUUCACAACUGUGUCAUCACAUUAAUGAAGAGCAACAAGAACCAAGCGAACAACGUGCGGGACCUGUCGGUGGCCUACCUCCUGGUCGGGCUCACCUACCUCUACGUGGGGGUUCUGAUCUUCGCCUCCUUCCCUUCACCUCCUCUCUCUAAGGAGUGCAUCGAAGCAAACUUCCUGGAUAACUACCCGAGCAGCGACGUCAUGGUGUUCGUGGCCCGCGGCUUCCUGCUCUUCCAGAUGAUCACCGUCUACCCCCUGCUGGGAUACCUGGUGCGGGUCCAGAUGAUGGGUCAGAUCUUUGGGAAUCAUUACCCCAGUUUCUUCCACGUUCUGGCUCUGAACAUCUUAAUCGUUGGAGCCGGUGUCCUCAUGGCCAAGUUCUAUCCCAACAUUGGAUCCAUCAUCCGGUUCUCUGGAGCUACAUGCGGCCUGGCCCUGGUGUUCGUCUUCCCGGCGCUGGUCCACAUGAUCUCUCUGAGGCGCCAGGGGGCGCUGCGCUGGCCGUCGGCGCUGUUCCACAGCUUCCUGAUCCUGCUGGGCCUGGCCAACCUGCUGGCGCAGUUCUUCAUGUAGCCGACGCCGCGAGCGAGUCCGAGACGUGACGGAGGAAACUCCGGAUUCACGUGUUCUGCUGCUCGGAGCGUUGGGAGCUCACAGCCAAUCAGAGGCUGUGGUUCAGACUCAACAUCUCACCCGCUCGCUGAAGCCGUUUCUGUAUCAGAGGGAAACAGGACUCGUGAUUUGGUUUGAUCCAGUUAUCUUUUUAUCUUCUUCAUGCUCUUUAGCUGCUGGUUUUUCUAUGAGCUAAUCUUCCUCAGAGAUCAUUUCCAUCACGUUGCGGCUGAUUAUUCCAGAACUGAUCCGACCACACGCCGACCACACGCCGACCACACGCCGACCACACGCCGACCACACGCCUGCCACACGCCGACCGCACGCCGACCACACGCCUGCCACACGCCUGCCACACGCCUGCCACACGCCGACUCACUGUGUGACAGGCGCUGCUUCAGGAACGUGUUGACAGGGAAACGCCACCGGGACAGUUUCUUUUAAACUGUGGUCAUAAAACCAGUUUUUUUAAUUGGAGUGAGACUCCCUCUGAGAGGAUCUUUGAUUGUGCGACACUGAUUUUAAAGAUGCUGUUGUUGAUUUGUUUUACGAGCACAGACAUGAGCGAUCACGUCUCUGGAAUAGUUCGAGCGGUUGGUAACAAGUUUGAAAUGUGAUGGAAUCUGUGUGUCAUCAUCACUGCAGGUUUAAAUUAGUUGUGUGUGAUUUUACCAUCGUGUGAAGUUGCGUCACCAGGGAGUUGUGUUACUAACCUUGUUUGUGCGUGUGCAGGACGGACGUGUCAGCUCUUUGGUUUUUUAAAGAAACUUUUGGCACUAGCUUUUUAAUCGUUAUUAGCUGCGUUGAUUGACUUGUUUACAUGAUGUGUGUGUUGUGUUGUUAUCAAUGGAAGGACGACAAAGGGAAAAUAAAACAUAUUCAGAACAA